AUGUCCGACUACGGCUACGACUCGGACGACUUCGAUCUCUACGAUGACGGCUGGCUUUACAUCGCCGAGGAAGACCACCUUGCUGACGACCUUGCCGAGCGCGCCAUCGCAUCUCCUCCUCCAUGCGACUACGACAUCGACGGCGCAGGUUACAACUCCGACUACUUCGAGUACUGGGUGGACAUUGAGUACAAUUCAGACGGCUGGAACGAUGUCCAAGGCGCUGCAAAGACCAGCGUCACCAACAAGAGCACACCUGGUCCGAAGAAAAGGAGGAGAGUCGCACAGAGCGGCCCGUCGCAGAAGAAGCGCAAGGGCGCGCAUGGUCGCAAGCUUAUUGACUCGGCACCUGAGUCUGGAGACAAUGUGCCGCCUGUCCUGUGGCAAUCCAGCAGAGAGCGCAUCAAGCGGGACUUUGAGGAACCUAGGACCUUGACCGAGGAGCCGCAAUCCUUCUCUCUACUGGGUGACUGGAGAACGCGCUUUGGCGCUGACGGAGACCAGUCGAAAGGGAAUCACGCCGAUGUCAAACAUGAAGUCGCUCCUGAUGCCGCGGAUCAGAUCCUUAAGGCAGUGAAAAUGGCUUCAGCCGCUCCAGAGGAGGAAGACUGGGAAGAUGACGAGGAGUCUACCCAAGAAGACGGAGAUGGCCUUGGGAACCUUAUCGCCGGGAGUGGUCUCGAUCCCGAGGCACUCAUGCGCGCCCUUCAAGAGAACCUCGCCAAAUCUGGAGCCGCCCCAGCCGGCCUUGACCAAUCCACGCUUCUGAGAUACGCCUUGCGCAUGUUUAGUGGCGAGGGAGAGGCUGAUGACAUUGCUGGCGAGCUUGCUGAAGAUCUAUUCGAACAAGCUGAGGAAGACGACCCAGAGGGCAAAGACAUUGCAGCAUGGGCAGCACAGCAAAAGGGCAGACCGGAGAAUGAUGAUGAGGAAGAAUCUGGCGCGAGCCUCAAUGGAGUCUCUGAGCCCGUACCCAAGAGCGAAGCUGCACUACCUCCUACCCCGCCCACGAACGAGGCAUCCGGCACUGAGGGGAAGGGUAAAAAGAAAAAUACCGAAGCCGCGGCGUCAACAUCGGUUGCAAGCGGACUUCGGCCCCGCAAACGUAAAGCGGCAGAACCCGAGCCGGAUGAUGAACCUCCGCCCAGACCAAAGCGAGCCACGCGAUCUUAUGCUGCACCAACGGCCAGUAGCAAGUCCAGGACUGUUGGUUCGAAGGGUGGUAAGGGCAAACGUGGCUAG